GGGCGAAGGAAAAAGACCCGGAAGGGGAGAGGGGAGACUUCAAGAUGGCGACCUUGACCAUUUGGAGCUAACUCGUUUGUUGACUUUCGCCUCCAUGAGGGCUAGGUAUUUCCGAGCCAAGAAGAGCACAAUGGAAGAACUUUGUCAACAGAAUGCCUUACUCUUCGAUAAAAUCCAACUUUAAGUGGAUUUACUCAUCAAACAUUGAAAGAUCCUCCCAACUUUGAGUCUUGGUUGGAUUGUGUUGGGUUGCAAGAUGGUGGCAGCUUGGAGCUUGGCCAGGAUGGGGAUGGCUGGUACUUGGAGAUGGACCACUCUGGCCUCCACUUCUUUCAGAUGUCGGUCCACCUCGGCCAGUGAUCAUUACCACCACCAGCACCAGCAUCACCAUGAAAUGACCAAAGAACGCUCAAAGGCCGUCAGCACCUUCUACAACCAAACCGCCAUCGACAGUGCGGCCGAGAAGGCAUCUGUGCGGCUCACUCCCACCACCAUGCUGUACGCCGGCAAGUCACCGGAUGGCACACACCUGUUGAAGAGCGCCCGCUACCUGCUAAAGGAGCUGCCGGUGCGGAUCGCCCACCGGAUCCAGAGUAUCCGUAACCUGCCCUUCAUCCUGGGCUGUAACCCUACCAUCCUGCAGGUGCACGAGCUGUACAUUCGGGCCUUCCAGAAGCUCAGUGACUUCCCCCCGAUUAAGGAUGCUGAGGCUGAGGCCCAGUACUGCCGACUGCUUCAACAACUGCUUGAUGACCACAAGGACGUGGUGACCAUGCUGGCCGAGGGUUUCCGGGAGAGCCGCAAGUACGUGGAGGAUGAGACAGUCAUCCAAACGUUCCUGGACAAGACUCUGACGUCGAGGCUGGGGAUGCGGAUGCUGGCCACCCACCACCUAGCCCUCCAUGAGGACAGGCCGGAUUUUGUCGGCAUCAUCUGUACGCGUCUGUCACCAAAGAAGAUCAUCGAGAAGUGGGUGGACUUCGCCAGGCGCCUCUGUGAACACAAGUAUGGGAACGCUCCACGGGUCCGGAUCAGUGGACACGUGGCAGCUCGCUUUCCUUACAUCCCGAUGCCUCUGGACUACAUCCUCCCGGAAUUGCUAAAGAACGCCAUGAGGGCCACCAUGGAGAGCCACCUGGACACACCAUACAACGUUCCUGAUAUUGUUGUGACAAUCGCCAACAACGACAUCGACUUUAUCAUCAGGAUUUCAGACCGAGGGGGAGGGAUUCCACAUGAGAGCCUCCACAGGGUGAUGGACUACCACUUCACGACAGCGGGAUCCGGCAGCCAGGACCUGCUGUGCAACACCAUGCUGGGAAACAUGGUGGACAUGGUCAACAGUGGCCAGUCCAGCCCCAUGCAUGGGUUUGGUUUCGGUCUGCCCACCUCCCGCGCCUAUGCAGAGUAUCUCCGUGGCUCACUCGUGGUCCAGUCACUCCAGGGGAUCGGCACAGACAUCUAUCUACGCCUGAGGCACAUCGACGGCAAGGAGGAGAGCUUCCGCAUCUGAACUGGGAGACCCCUGACUCUCCCCACCACGGUGUGGUGUGCCAUGGGACAGAGAGGGAGAGAGAAGUUAGGUGGACUCUCAGGCAUCCCUUCUCAUUAACAUUGGUCAACAAGACCGGGUAGAGAUCAGGCAUCCCUUCCAACCCACCCCCACCCCCAUUAGACGCUUGUCAGGCAGGCUGCUUCGGGCUUUGUACCUCGAUAUCUCUGAAGCUGAGGAGGCCAUUGGGAGAGCCCUGAGCUGUUAGCAUCCACUCAAUCUCUGGUCAUCCCUCCCAGUCCCAGUCUUUUCACUCCCGGUAAUUCACUGCCAGCCAGGGCCAGCUUGCUAUUUCUCUUCAGCUCACCGCUGGCCAGUGGGGCUUGUACAGUAUCCUCUCACCCACUGAUACGUCAGCAAGGAGACCAUAUCGAAAUAUCAGCACCACCCACCCCACCAUGGAAUCCCAGUCAUCCAUUUCCUCUCCAAUCAUCAGGAAGGCAAUCUCAAUACUCUACCACUACUUCUUCAACGAGUUAUUUGCCAAUAUUCAUGUAGCAUUCCCCAUCCCCAAAUGACCACUGAUCCAACUAGACCAAUUUGGUCUUCCAACAGCAUUUCACUUCCAACUACUAUUUUAUCAAUGAGGCCAUUUCAAUCCUUCAGUACUGUUUCCAAAUGAACACUGACCCAACCAGUCUAAUUCCAUCUUCCAAAAUAAUUUGUUCUCCAACCAGUUGAUCACCAAGGGGCUGUAUCAAAAUUCUUGGGACUCUUUCCUAUCCCAAAUGACCAUGGACCCAAACCAAGCCAUUUCAAUCCUUCGACAGCAUUUCUUUGUCAGUUACAGAAGGGUUCUCGCCAUUCCGCUCCGACAUGGGGGAAUCUGUGGGAAUUCCUGCGUCAUUCACUUCUGACGUGAAGAUUUCUGCAUCACUACCUCCUGCCCUCCUUGUUCCCACAACACACGUGUGGGAAAUUUCCAUUUCCCUCGGGUGUGAAUGUGAAAAAUUAAACAUUCCCCACAGACAUGUACGUGGGUACUUCCUGAUACUCUACUCUGACACGUGUAGGAAUUUCUGCCCCCUUCCCCGAUUUGUGUGGACGUUUCCAUAACAUUGUCUUCCUAUCUACACAGAAAUUUCCUGCCUGUGCCAUGUAGGCAAUUCCAUUCCACACUGACCAGCUCGUAGAAAUUUCCCGACCAUUCCCAAAUAGGAAUUUUCAGCUGGCGAGUAGGAAUUUCCAUAUCAUUCCUUUCCAAGUCACAUGUUGGAAUCUCCUGACCAUUUUCUGACAGGCAUGUGGAAAUUCAUAGACCAUUUCUCAACGUGCACGUAGGAAUUCCCUGACUACUCCUCUGUGCAUUUCAUUCGAUAUGAUCGGGGAAGAAAUUCCCACACUAUUCCACUCUGAAUGCAGAAAUUCCCACGCCUUUCCCUUCAACACACAUGUGGAAAUCUCCAUACUGUCUCACUCUAACACACUGUCACAGGUCUGUGGAAGUUGGGGCCUCGGGGCCCAAUUCUCCUCUUGCCCCCUCCCCUCUAUUCCUCACUGCCUCUUCUGCUGCCCUCUCUCCUUGCCCCUCCCUUUCUCUUCCACCCUCUUCUUGCCUCCACUCCCCCACUCUCCCUGACUGCUCCUUUCUCCCAGUCUCCUCCCCCUCUCCCUUCUUCAGCUACUUAUUUCACCUGCCGUAUCACCUCCCCUCUCCCCCUUCAGAAUCUCCUCCCUCCCUCCCCUUCUCCCCUUAUCCCAGACCCAACGGUGUCUCUCUCUUCCCCACUGCUCUCCCCUGGAUUUUGGCUGGAAAAAUGGGGCCUGUGGGGGGUGGGAGGCAGAGAGUGAGCUGGGCGUUAAUGCAGGAGCACAGGGAGAGAUUAACCCACUCCCGGAGCUGAAUCUCAAUCUCCCCAUCCCAAUUGUUUGCAGCUAGGAGUUUGCUCACACUGGGGUCCUGCACCGAGGGUGGCGAGGACAUGUUGCCCCCCCACACCACACUCCGUCCUCUGCCACUGGUCCAGCUUUGCCUACCCGGCACAUCAAGACACUCACUUCCUAACACAUUAAACCAUAGCGUCUCCAAUGCCCCGCAUCUUGCUUUCUGUGUUGGGGAAGGGCAGGGAUGGAGGGAGGCAGGAAAAAUGUGACGUGAUUGAGAGGGGGAAAUGGGUGGGGGCAGGGAGAAUCUGACAUAAUGGGGGGGAGAGGGAGGGAGUGGGCUGGGGAGAUGGAGGGGGAGCUGGGUAAGGGGGAUGGAGGGGGGCUGGGGACGGAGAUGGAGGGAGGGGUCUGGGGACGGGGAGAUGGAGGGAGGGGGCUGGUGAGGGGGAGAUGAAGGGAGGGGUGGGAGGGUGGGGCUGGGGAGGAGGGGUGGAAGGAAGGAGGGGCAGGGAGGAAUGUGGAGCAGGAUGGGAGCAUUGAGUGAAAGAGGGAGGGUGGAUAGGACGUACAGGAGGUGGAGGGAAUGAAACAGUAACACUAAGCAUUACUGGGCUUUCGGGAGGCUCCUGGAGACCGAGGAGUGGAGGUGUAGCUCCAAACCGCUUUACCCAACGCCAGCACAGAGCACACAGGUGGAAGGGCCUUUGCCACAGCCUGUCGGUAGUUGGUCAGAGUUGGGGAGCAGUGAUUUGUUGCAGUGGUCAAUUGUAUGGCAAAAGUACACUGUAAUGGCUGGAACUGUAAUGUGUGGGUGUACAGAGGCAUCUUGUGGUCCAAGUCCACAUCUCCCAGAAAAUGGCUGCACAACUGAUCGAAGAAGGUAAGGUGUGAGCAAGCACAGUUGCUCUCAUCAGUGGAGGCGUUGGAUACAUUGAAGCUGGUCGGCUGCAUUGAGAGCUUUGUGUGAAGUUGUGGUUGCUCUGUUACAGCAGGGGUGGGAGGUAUUGAGUCUUUGCAGAGGAGGUUCACUUGGAUGCUGCCUGGAUUAGAGGCUAUAAGCUGCAAGGAAAGGUUGUGCAAACUUGUUUUUUCUCUCUGGCAUGGCAGAUGUGAUCGAGGUUUAUAAGAUCAUGAAAGUACAUACAGAUUAUAUAACCAUCAAAGUGGAGGAGCAACACUUUAUAUUCUGAGUGGGUAGCCUCCAACCUGAUGGCAUAUCGAUAUCUCCUUCUGAUAAAAGAAACUGUUUCUGAAUUGUUGAUUGUGUGCCUUCUCACCUCCUUCCAGACGGUAACAACGAGAACAGGGUAUGACCUGGGUGAUGGGGACCUUAAUGAUGGAUGCCACUUUUUUGAGGCAUCAUUCCUUGAAGAUGCCCUGGAAUCUCUAGGUUAAUUGGUCUAUUAUUGUCACCUGAAGCUUCAAAAGAAAACAGUUCCCUGUCCCUUUAUUAGGGAGAGAUAGAGUCUGGUGUGUUGAAUUUUCGGGGGAACAGUUGGUUUCUGCUGUACUGCAGAUCAUGGUCUUUUGCGGGGCUUUGCUAUUGCUUGCCUGUUAGGUGGAGGGUGCUGAUGGGUUUUUUUGCUGAACUAAGUUGGGGGGGGGGGUCGUUGCUUUGCUGCUUGGGAGGGAGUAGAGUAGCGGGGGCUUUGGCAAUCUAACGUUUUUAGUGUCACCCAUUCUUUGGGCCACUCUUUUGUUUUCGUGGCUGUCCGCAAACAACAAGAAUUUCAGGAUGUUUAUUUUAAACAUUUCUCUGAUAUUAAAUGGAAUGAAUGAAUUCUUUACUCAGUGCACUGAGGUAGAACAAGGUAAAGCAAUAACAGAAUGCAGAAUAAAGUGUAACAGCCACAGAGAAAGUGCAGUGCUGGUGACCAAGAUGAGCUAGAUUGUAAGGUUGAGUAUUUUUUCAUACUAGUUAAUAGAAUACAUUAAAGUCAAAGUUCAAUGUGA